CCUUAAGGGCAGCGGCGGCUCCCGGUGUCCCAGUCGGCCUGUCAGCCGGCUUGGAGGCGCGGCCCGUGGCUCGCGCAGUGACGGCGGUCAUGGCGGCGGAGGAGGAGGAGGUGGGCUCGGCGGACACCUGCGAGAGGUCGGGAUGGCUAACUGGUUGGCUUCCCACUUGGUGCCCUACAUCUACAUCACACCUUAAAGAAGCCGAAGAGAAAAUUUUAAAAUGUGUCCCCUGCACAUACAAAAAAGAACCUGUUUGUAUAUCUAAUGGAAAUAAAAUAUGGACACUGAAGUUCUCUCAUAAUAUUUCAAAUAAGACUCCACUUGUCCUCCUCCAUGGUUUUGGAGGCGGUCUUGGACUCUGGGCACUGAAUUUUGGAGAUCUUUGCACCAAUAGACCCGUCUAUGCUUUUGACCUAUUGGGCUUUGGACGAAGUAGUAGGCCCAGGUUUGACAGUGAUGCGGAAGAAGUGGAGAAUCAAUUUGUGGAAUCCAUUGAAGAGUGGAGAUGUGCCCUAGGAUUGGACAAAGUGAUCUUGCUUGGACACAACUUGGGUGGGUUUUUGGCUGCUGCUUACUCACUGAAGUACCCAUCAAGGGUUAAUCAUCUCAUUUUAGUGGAGCCUUGGGGUUUUCCUGAGCGACCGGACCUUGCUGAUCAAGACAGACCAAUCCCAGUGUGGAUCAGAGCCUUGGGAGCAGCAUUGACUCCCUUUAAUCCUUUAGCUGGCCUCAGGAUUGCAGGACCCUUUGGCUUAAGUCUAGUGCAGCGUUUAAGGCCUGAUUUCAAACGAAAGUAUUCGUCAAUGUUUGAAGAUGACACCGUGACAGAGUACAUCUACCACUGUAAUGUGCAGACUCCAAGUGGUGAGACAGCAUUCAAAAAUAUGACUAUUCCUUAUGGAUGGGCAAAAAGGCCAAUGCUCCAGCGAAUUGGUAAAAUGCACCCUGACAUUCCAGUUUCGGUGAUCUAUGGCGCCCGAUCCUGCAUAGAUGGCAAUUCUGGCAACAGCAUCCAGUCUUUACGACCACAUUCAUAUGUGAAAACAAUAGCCAUUCUUGGGGCAGGGCAUUAUGUGUAUGCAGAUCAACCAGAAGACUUCAACCAGAAAGUGAAGGAGAUCUGUGACACUGUGGACUGAGCACACUGAAGAGGAUGUGGGAGAGCCUGUUGACUGAUAGAGUUCCUCAGCAAUUCUGUGCAGUCUCCCGUGCAGAGUAAGGAAUACAACAAAAGAACCAGCAGUCUUCCUGACUGUACUUUGCACAUAUUUUCUUUAUGAAGUUGCUUGCACAUUUAAACCAGCUAGUGCCUUCUAGAAGAAUGGCUUUCCUUUCUCCUACACAAAAUCGAAAUAUUCAAGAGUCUCCAAAUCUAAUAGCUUUAAUAAAAGGUUAUUUGCCCCUCUGCUGUACUGA